CGAACGCAGCCGUUAACGAAUAACGAUACGUGCAAUAGUUGAGGUUAAGAAAUGGAGGACUUUGUUUUUAUUAAUAAAGAGGAUACAGACAGUGAUUCUACACCACUUAAAAAGGCAAAAUCACAUCGAAUGCAAAAAUUUAGAAACAUUUGGCUUACACAAGAAGAGUAUAAAUUGUGGCUUGCAAAAGUUCCGAAUGAUCUUUACAAAGCAAAAUGUGCUGUGCAAUACAACAUUCACGGCAGAGAUGACAGUAAUAAAAAAUCAUUUAAAAGCACAAAGCCAUCAACGUAGAUCCAUUCAGACCUCACAACAAAAAAUAAAAAAAUUUAGGAGUGAUUCAAGUUCUGACAUAUCGAUUAAAAUGAAAGAAGCGACAAGAAGAUUUGAAAUAAAAUUAUGUGCAUUUAUAGCAUAUAUAGCAGAACAUAAUAUUCCAUUGAGAGUAUUGGAUCAUUUAACACCUUUAAUCCAAAAUAGUGUGACUGAUUCUGAUAUAGUAAAAAAUAUGCAAUUGAAGUCUACCAAAGGAAUAGCAAUAAUAAAAAACGUACUUGGUAGUACGGAAAAAAGAAUGUUACAAACUAAAUUGAGAUAUAGUUUAUUCAGCAUUCUGAUCGAUGAAUGUACCGAUAUUGCUGCAAUGAAAUCAAUAUGUAUUGUUAUCAGAUUUUUUGAUGAUGAAGAAGGUCGAGUGGUCAGUCGUCUUUGGGAUAUCUGCCAAAUUUUUAAUGAAGAUACACAUGAAGCAUCCGCAGAUCAUCUUUUCAACGUUGUAAUUACGUGUUUCAAGAAAUAUCAAAUUUCAUUCAACAAUGUCAUUGGCUUUGCAUCGGAUGGAUGCAAUACUAUGAUGGGAGAACACAAUUCAGUAGCAUCAAGAAUUCGUACAGUGUCCUGGAAUAUUUAUUUUUAAAUGUAUAUACCACUCUUUACAUCUUUGUGCUAGUGAAGCUUGUAAAGUUGCCACGGGCGUGUGAGGAUUUAGCACGUAAUGUAUAUAAUGAAUUUAAAAAUAGUGCAAAAAGGAUACAUCAGUUUCAA